AAGGUAAAUACCACAUCCCUCUUAUCUCCUAAAACCAAAACCCUAUCUUCCACCUUCACCCUCCCUCUCAAACUCAAUCGCCUCCACCCAAAACCCUUCAGAUUCUCUUUAUCCCCAAAAUGCAGUGGUGACGUAAUUCUGGUCGGGGAAGCGUGUCCGGCGGCGUGCUCGAUUGGUAGAGGAACAAUUGUCGAGACAAAGAGACGCGUGGAUCUUGGCAUGGUGGACUCACAGUAGCAACGUUUCCGGUUGUUCUCGCGUGUUUUGUAGCAGGAACUAUGGCUAGUUCUCGCUUUCUGGUUGCGGCUCUCGCUACUGUACAAAGAUGCAACAAUAAAUCUUCUAUCAUUAUUCCUUAGAAAAAAUAUCGCAGCCUGAAAGAGCAUGAAACAUCACAUUGAAGUAUCCAUGGAGUUAUUAAUACAGGUUCAAGUGAUGGAACAGUCUGUGUCUGGGAAGUUGAAACAGGCCAAUAUUUGAGACGGUGGGAGGUUGGCGAAGUUGUGAGCUAUGUUGCAUGGAAUCCUCUGUCCGAUUUUCAUAUUUUGGCAGUCUCUACGCCCGUUUUCGCGUUUCGCUGUGAAUUACAAUGAUGGUUGCAAAACUGCAGCAUCAAACAUUGUAAUGUCAAUAGCAGUGAUGUUGACAUUAUUAUUCCUAACACCUUUGUUCCAUUACACUCCUCUAGUGGUGUUAUCCGCCAUAAUCGUAUCUGCAAUUCUUGGACUCAUAGAUUAUCAAGCCGCAAUCCAUUUGUGGAAAAUCGAUAAAUUUGAUUUUCUAGUAUGUUUCAGUGCAUAUGUUGGAGUUUUCUUUGGCAAUGUCGAAAUUGGCUUAGUACUAGCAGUUACAUUAUCUAUACUUAGAGUACUUUUAUUUGUGGCAAGGCCUAGAACAUUUGUGUUAGGAAACAUUCCAAAUUCAUCAGCAUACAUAAAUGUAGAACAUUAUUCAAAUGCACAUCAUGUUCAUGGAAUACUAAUUCUUGAAAUUGAUGCGCCGAUUUACUUUGCGAAUGCAAGCUAUUUAAGAGAGAGGAUUACAAGGUGGAUUGAUGAAGAGGAAGAGAAAUUCAAAGGUGCGGGAAGUACUAGUUUGCAGUACGUUAUAGUGGAUAUGACAGGUAAAAUCGUGAUUAAAAAGUGAUUAAGAGAUUAAUUAACAAUCUGGUUAAAAGAUUUUGAGUUUAACUUGAAGUUUAUUUUGAUUCACAACUGUUGCGAACAUUGAUACAAGUGGAAUAAGCAUGCUUGAAGAGUUCAAGAAGACCCUCGAUAGAAAAGGACUACAACUCGUUUUGGUCAAUCCCGGAAGCGAGGUGACAAAGAAGCUGAACAAAUCAAAGUUCCUAGAUGAAAUAGGACAUAAAUGGGUUUAUGUGACAGUUGAAGAGGCUGUUGGAGUAUGCAGUAGCUUCAUGCUUCAUACACAAAAGGCUAACCCUAAAGAUGAAUCAGAAGGUUUGAAUAGUGUGUGAGAAGAAGCAUUGUUUAUUAUAGAGUUUAUCUUAGCUACUAAUUGCUACUAUAUGUGGCAUGUUAGUUUCUGAAUCAUGCUACAAAAUAUAUAGUGAGGCAUAGAGAGUGCUAGAGUAUUAUAAAUUAAUAAGUUUCUCAAAUUUGCAUCUUGAGUUGGAAGAAUGUUUCCAACAUAGGCUGUUGAAUAUUUAUGUAUCCAUAUAAUAUGUUUUAAAUGGAAAGUAGUUGUUAUGAAAUUGAAAAUGUCGUUAGACGUUAUAACAA